AUGCUUCUAAUAUUGAAUGGAUCCUACGAGGCACUGAAUGUGGGCUUGGUUGGCGAUGCAAUGGAUGAUCUGACCGGUGGCCUUACCGAGUCGUAUACACUCCCAGCUGCUGAAGAGCAAGGAAUUCAACCGCCGCCAGAUUUGGAUGAUAUCCUGAUCAAAGCGUUUGACAGGCGUAGUCUAAUUACGGCAAGAAUCAAAACCAAAGGAAUUCCCGGACCGGGUUUUAUCAUCCCAGUUGGUUUUGUUCCCGGACAAGCAUUUGGUCUGACUGAUUGUCGCAAACUUCGUCUGACUGAUGCUUCCGGAAGUCGAUUGGUGCGGCUUGUGCGGCUGAGAAAUUUGUGGCCAUCUGUGCGUGUUGGUUGGGCUGGUGCUUGGUCCGAUGGUUCUACUGAGUGGCUCAGCUUACCUCCAUCUGAUCGGGCUAAAGUUGGCCUAGUAAAAUCGGAAGAUGAGUUCUGGAUGUCCCUAGAAGAUUUUAUUACCAAUUUCGACUACUUGGAUAUUUGCCAUCUAACCGAGCCGCCUCCGCCUACACCGACAUCACCAACUGGGACGCAGCCUAUGGGUGAUUUGCACGCAGCGCAUCUCCGCGGUCAAUGGCUUCGUGGUGUCUCCUGUGGUGGACGACCUUAUAUCCGUGCUAGCCAUUGGGCUAACCCGCAAUUUCGGCUAACUAUCGGUAGCCCGGAUCCCAACGAUCCCGAUGGGCUAGCGACUGUGAUUGUGGCCCUAAUGCAGGCCGAUCGACGACGCUUACGUCAUCGCGCACCCAGGCUAGCUUCAAUCGGUUUUGUUCUCUACAAGUGGGUAGCCGAUGAUGUGAACGGUGGUGGGAUAACCGAACAACAUUCGGGUUUUGGGGCGAAUUGGGAUCGUAGUUGGUUGCAGUCCCGCACUGGACUUCAAUUAGUUUGGGUGGUUGACGAAUUUGCUGCAAACCGCAUCGGUUUGGCCUAUCUACCCAGUGAACUUCCAUCCGGUUCUCAUCCCCCAAUGCCUCGGGCGUUUUUCGAGUCCAAUCACCAUAUCGCCAGUGUGGAUUUCUUCUUCGAUUCCCGCGAGGUGGUCAAACGAUUGCGAUUGCUUCCGGGCGAGUAUCUCAUCAUUCCGUGCACGUAUGCACCGGAUCAUCCCGGUGACUUUUUGCUCCGUGUGCUGUUCGAUCACGGAGACAGAACGUGCGAACCCGCCCUCGAACGUGUCGAACUGACCGGUUUGGCAGCCAACGGACCGGAGACCGAUAGUCAUUUUGAAGUAAUGCAGCCUCGAUUACGACGAUUGUUUUACGAAGCUUCUGGCGAAGCAAUGGCUGUGGAUGCUUUUCAGUUGGNGAGCCAAUUUUGA